AUGUCGUCAAGUCAGGUUAGUGGUACAUUCAGAGGCACCCCUACAGGCAAUCGUCGUGGCCAGCUGCCUUUCACGGACAGUCCCUCCAACAUUCCCCGUCCAAAGUUUGAGACAGUCAACAGUCAAGCUGCGAGCGAGAUGUCUGGGACUUCAACCAUGUCUGCUAGUAGGCAGAAGCAGAGUAAGAGGGAUGAGGCUAUUCGACGCAAGAUGGAGGCCGACCUCAGCAAGAAGAAGCAUGUCCCUUCAAGAGCCCGCCAUACACGAAAAGCACCUCCCGGAACUGUUCUCGCUCUCAAACCUAGUCAGGCUUUACAGAUAAAGCCAAACACCACUGUUGCCGAAGCGGCCCAGUUGAUGGCUGCCAAAAGAGAAGACUGCGUCCUGGUCACAGAUGAUGAUGACAGAAUUGCGGGUAUUUUUACGGCCAAAGAUCUUGCAUUCCGCGUGGUUGGUGCCGGAAUUAAAGCAAACCAGGUCACCAUUGAACAAAUCAUGACAAAAAAUCCUCUUUGUGCAAGAACCGACACAAGUGCCACAGAUGCUUUGGACCUAAUGGUGAGAAAGGGUUUCCGUCAUCUUCCCGUUAUGGACGAAAAUCAAGAUAUUUCGGGUAUCCUUGAUAUCACGAAAUGUUUCUACGAGGCUAUGGAAAAGUUGGAACGUGCAUACAGUUCUUCGCGAAAGCUCUAUGAUGCGCUGGAAGGUGUCCAAUCUGAACUUGGCUCAAGUCAACCUCAACAAAUUAUUCAAUAUGUCGAAGCUCUAAGGAUGAAAAUGUCGGGCCCGACCCUGGAAUCAGUAUUGAACGGCCUACCUCCCACGACUGUCUCAGUAAGAACUUCGGUAAAAGAGGCGGCCCAGCUUAUGAAAGAGAAUCAUACAACCGCUGUUUUGGUCCAGGAUCAAGGAUCAAUUACUGGAAUUUUCACAAGUAAAGAUGUUGUCUUGCGUGUCAUCGCGCCCGGACUUGAUCCUACCACUUGCAGUGUUGUUCGUGUGAUGACACCUCAUCCCGAUUUUGCUCCCUCGGAUAUGAGUAUCCAGGCUGCACUCCGCAAAAUGCACGAUGGCCAUUAUCUCAACCUCCCAGUUAUGAACGAGACGGGUGAGAUUGUCGGCAUGGUCGAUGUGCUUAAAUUGACAUAUGCUACACUCGAACAAAUCAACACAAUGAAUACUGGCGAAAGUGAAGGUCCUGCCUGGAACAAAUUUUGGUUGUCCAUGGAUAACGACACCGAGUCAAUGAUAUCUGGUGACGGCAGCCAUCGCCCAACCACACCUGGUCACAGGUCAAUAAUGGAAUCUGAAGCCACCCGCCCCGGUGUGGAACGAGGUGAUAGUGUCAUGCCACAUGACUCUGCUUCCCAUCAUGGUGAUGCUCAUUCCGAAGUUCUGCCGUCAAUUGAGCCCCCUGAGGAGAUUCCCUUCCCCUUCAAAUUCAAAGCACCAAGUGGCCGUGUGCACCGCAUCCAAGUUAUUGCAAGUCUCGGUGUGACGGAGCUUGUGAGCCACGUCACUGCCAAACUUGGUACAGAAGUGGAAGCUGUUGGAGGCGAAGCCACCGUCGAAGAUGGCAAAUUGGGUAAAGCAGGUUAUGCUUUGAGUUAUAUGGACGACGAAGGCGACACAGUGUCCAUUACCACGGACCAGGAUCUGGUUGAUGCCAUUCUACUUGCACGGCAGGGUAAACGAGACAAAGUCGAUUUGUUUGUGCAUGACCCCUCUCAACCACCAAUUGUCACAACUCUCGAUCCACGGCCUCAAUUAUCAAAACCGCCCACUCCACCAGAGUCGAUCGCAAAAGAGGUACUUGCAACAGCACUACCCGAAAGCGAGGAGGACAGUGAAGAGGAACCAGCACCAGUCAAGACAAUUCGAUCCAAGAGACCCCACGGCCUAGCAACAAUGACACCUCCACAACAACAAGAGAAGGAAAUCAUCGCCGGCGUUCCUAACGAUCUCCUUCUACCAGGAGCAAUCGUGACUCUUGCAGUUGUUAUCGUCGCUGUAUUCGCUCUUGGUCGCGCCACCUCGAAAUGA